AUGCACUUCUCAACCCUCACCCUUUCGGCCCUUGCGGCCCUCUCAGCCGUCACCGCAUCCCCCUCCUCCCGCUCCCUUACCCAACGCUCCUGCCUCGAGCAACAACCCGCUACCAUCGGCUUCCCUAUCAACUACAACGUCUCGUCAACCCGCGCCGACGCCGUCACCUUCCAGCUUCCCCCCAACUCGGUCGGCCCCUGUACACUGGUGGCUAAGUUCCCAGCCGGUUACGCGGUGCCACACUCUGAGGUCGGAAACCCGCUAGUCAAUGUCAUCGAUAUCAACGGCCCGGUCCAAGGAUCCGUAGUCGGCAGCUUGAGGUUCGCAAGUUUUGCUGAUAGGGAUAGCUUGGUGUACAUAAAUUCCUUCCAGUGUCGGGAUGUGAUGGAGUAUGAGUUAGAACUGGCGCCGGAGGAGCCCGAGAGCGCUUGGGUUGCGUUUGCGGAGGUUUUGGAUGUUGGAUUGGUUAUGGAUGUUGGGGACUGUUAG